AGUCUAAAACCAGUUAAUUUAACAGUCGUUGAGAAUCGAGGCAUAGGGGGACUCGCUAUCUUAAACGCAAUUAAACUCAGAUCACGCUACUGAUGUCCAGAUGGCUCCCAAGACAAUGGAACCUUUUGCCAGGAAAAUUUUCAAAGGGGUUCUAUUAUUAGAGGUUAUUGGUGUGUUUGGAGCCUAUGCGCUGUUUCAUAAGAUGAAUUCAAGCCGAGAUUUCAGAAGUACUAUGAGUAGAACUUUCCCAUCAGUUCUGGAAGUUUAUUACAAAUCCAACGAGUGGGCAGGUAUUUACGGCAUUCGGGAACUAGAUCAGGAGGCGUGGUCUGCUAAGGACGAAUAGACGUACAAAAGCGUCUUCACGUCUCUUCCGUGCAUCCAGUCAUCUCGCUGAGCCUCCCACUUGAGCUGUUUGACGCCUGAAAAAGAAGAAGAAGAAGAAACGAUGAGCUGACAUCCAGAGGCUUUGGAAACUACGUGUUUCUAUACUGAUUCUGACACAGCUGCCUCAACACAGACUGAUCAUGAAUGGUUCAUUUAUGAGGACUGAGGAGAUUGAGUGGAUUACAGAUCGUGACAAAUGGUUCAUUAUUCCAUCCUCAUCAAGUCAUUAAGCAGUUUUCAGCGGGUCGUUGAAAGGUGUGACGGCACCGAACGGUACCGUGUCGAGAUCAACCGGGACACGGCUAGCAUCUAGCCAAAAUAAAAGUCUGUUAACGUCGACCGUUUCGCUUUUAAUUGUUUUCUGAACCUGACUGGAAUCUGGUUUUUAAAUGUCAUGCUUGCAUACACCUCCUUUACAAACACUUGUGUUGAAUGUCUGUGUAACAAGACAGCCCUUAUGACGAAGGAGAACUGUUACCACUGUGAUAA